AUCGUUUGAAUUAUUACUUUAUAUCGUGAUAUUGGACUAACAUUAAAAUGAAAUACACGGAUUAUUCCAUCGAGGCUAUACUCGGAUUUAACAGCAAACAAGAAAUCAGUAGAAAGACAGAAAUAAAAGAAGAGAUAAAUGAUGAUGAAAUAAUGAAAUAUUAUAACAGAGAGAAAUAUCCUAGUUUAGAUCAACUGGAACACAUAUCACUUCACCUACAUAUCAAAACUUCUACUCUUAAGGCCUGGUACCGAAAUCAGAGGCAGCAAGAUCGUAAAAGUCCACCUCGAAAUCAGAAAUGUUCUGUACCAAAAGCUCCAUCACAAGACCAGGGAUUGUCUCCACUUCAACCAAGUCCGAUAACUCCGUCUCAAGAACAAACGAAGACUCACUCUCACCCAAGAACGACAACUCCACCUCACCCAAGAGAGACAACUCAACAAAGUACAACGAGUCCUCACGUUACAUCAACAAGUCAACUCAGUUUGAACGACGGAAGUUAUCAUCCAUACUUUCAACUUAUCUCUGAGAAAAUAGGCAUUUCAACUCCACAGACAGAUGGAAACGUCAAAACAAGUCCAAGGAUCUCACCCAGUCAACAUGACCAUCGUACUGAUCAAUCUUCACCAAUUCUUCCUAAUCAAAGAUUUCAGAACCAAGCCUUUCCAGCGAUACCCACAAUUCCCCACGUUUUGCCAUUGCAUCUCCCUUUCCAUCACUAUUAUGGACCCUGUCCAGUUUCUAUAUCAUCCUCGUUAGACAAUAUGCAGCCUCUAGAUCUUUCUAAACCAGCCAGUCGAUCCAGUCCAGAGAACCAACGUAUCAAACAGUCCAAUAGUCCAGUGCAUCCUGACAGAGUAAAGACACACAGUCCAAAUAAUCGAGAACUGCCAGGUAGUCCCAAUCUACCAGAUAGUACACACAAAACUAGUCCAGAGCAUCAAGCUAGAACUAAGACAUCACCAGAGACCGUUAAUCAGGCAAAUACCAAGAUCAGAACCAAGUCAACCAAACCUCCUAAAGUUAGAUCUACACCAUCACCAAAGCUAAGCUUUGUCUUAUCGCCACCUGAGAAACAAUCUCAUUUUGGAAGUGGAUUGAGGCAGUUGGUCAUUGAAGGACGGUCGUUUUCACCUUGAACGUGGAUACCACUUCCGGUAAAGUUAUGCUCAUUUUGACACAAGAUACACGAACAUAGUUUGUUCCCAAGACAUUCUAUGACCUGCUGAUUGCAUUGAGCAUUUUAACUGACGUCGGGAUGUCCAUAAAGGAAUUUUUCAUUGUAUGAAGUACUCUGAUUUACAGUUGGACAGGAAAAUUGGCUAAGAACUGCAGUGCUAAAGGGGAAACGCCCAUAUUCUGUAGAUGUUUCGCUUGUCUGAAAUUUAAGUAGUCGGCGUCAUGUGGAUUCUCCGGUCUUGGACGAGGAUUCGCAGAGCAGACAAAAUGGGACUUGAUGAAAGAGGCUAAAAUGUAAUGUACCCGGACAGAUUUUGCUUGGACUUUAACAUCCAAGCUGGUAUCCAUCUAUCCAGUGCUAUAUGUAUAUUAUAUGACGUUGUUAUUAUUGUUAUAAAUCUAUUGAAAUUGUUGAUUUUAUUGUAAAUAGUAAAUAAACCAAUUGUAUAGUC